AUGGUUUGGUGGCGUGGGGCUCGCUUCGCUCUCUCGUUGGCAGUUGGCACCGCUACUCUAAACACGGGUGGAGGAGAGCGACACCGUGCGUCGACGCUCACCUUGCAGCUUUUUCUCCGUCUCCCAGAACUUCUGCAGUUCGGUGAAGUACUUGUCGAGGAUGAACACCUUGGAGAGGCCGAGCGUGGCCAUGGCGGGCGGCGCGCUCGCAUCACACUCAGCGGCCGCGCCGCUUUAUUCGUCCGCGUCCACUCCGCGACCACUCGCGCGCACCGACUCUCGCCGACUAAAGCCUUAAGCCACCCGCAACCCCCGCCAUGGACUCUCUUACGACAUCACGUCACUUUAAAGUAA